AUGGCAGCAGAAGGUUUGACAAGGAUUAUGCAUAGAGCGGUGGUGAAUGGAUUGUUUAAAGAAUUCUCUCUUGGUAAUAAUGUCUCGUUUAGUCUGUUGCAAUUCACCGACGAUACUAUUAUUGUUGGUGAGGCUACUUGGUCUAACCUUUGGAAUCUAAAGUAUGUAUUGCGGGGUUUCAAAAUGUCAUCGGGCCUUAGUAUAAACAUGGCUAAGAGCAAGGUUUAUGGUGUAGGACUAGAAGACCAAUUCCUAAGGGCAACUUCUCAUUUCCUUUGCUGUAAAGUGGACAACAUUCCUUUUAAAUUUUUGGGAAUUGUUGUGGGUGGUAAUCAUAGAAGAUUAAAUUUUUGGAAGCCGGUAAUAUAUGGAGUAAAAGCAAGAUUGUCAACUUGGAAGGGUAGGUUUCUGUCUAUGGGGGGUAGGAUAUCUUUGAUUAACGCGGUAAUAGCAAAUAUACCGGUGUAUUAUUUCUCGUUUUUUAAAGCUCCAACCAAAAUAAUUCAAACUCUUACCUCAAUUCAACGAAACUUUCUGUGGGAUGGAUCGGCUGAGAAAGGUAGCAUAGCAUGGAUUAAAUGGAAGGCAAUAUGUAGAUCAAAGAUGUAA